AUGGAUCCAUCGCUCCAAAUAUCUCAGAACCUUUCUGGUUGUUCCAGUUUAGMGCAUAAUCCUUAUAUAAUCCCGUCUCUCUACUUUCUGAUGUUUCCAUUAGCCUUGCUGCUAAAUGUUGUGGCAGCAUGGGUGUCUCUGCACCUGAAGGCCACKUCCACAUUUGUGGUGUACCUGAAAAAUCUUGUAGCUGCUGACAUCAUUAUGACCUUAAUGAUCCCAGUCAAAGCUGGAGCCAGCCUGCCGGGUGCAUGGCAGCAGUUCGCUGUUCCCACAUGCCGUUUUUUUUCUGUCAUUUUCUACAAYGCACAGUACACCUGCAUUGCCCUGUUGUGCUGCAUCAGUUUGGACCGYUUCUUUAAGAUCAUGAUGCCCCGCAGCACAUUUUUUGGCCAGAGUUUGACCUUCAGCAAAGUGAUGUCAGGUGCAGUCUGGGUGUUGAUGUUUGGAGGGACAGGUCUACCAAAUAUCCUCUUAACUAACAAGCCUGCCGAGAACAUGACAGAAAGCAGUCCAUGCACAAUUCUGAAAGGGCCUGCAGGAAUAGCGUUCCACGAAAAAUCCUCGCUUGCUCUGAACGUUUUCUUUUGGCUUGUCAGCGUGAUCAUUGUGGUUUGCUACAUCUGCAUCGCAAACAAAGUGAUCCAGUCCUACAGAAAGUCCGGUAGCAACAACAGCCAGGGAAAGCAGAAAAUCAAACUACGCGUUUUCUUGGUUAUAAUUGUGUUUUUUGUGUGUUUUGGUCCGUACCACAUUAUAAGAAUUCCAUACACUUUUCAACAAGUCAGYUAUUCUGAUACCCAGUGCUCUAACGCCUAUGAACGUAUCAGAUUUGCCAAGGAACUCAGCCACUGGCUCGCCACAACAAACAUCUGCAUGGACCCGCUUCUCUACGUCUUUCUUUGUAGGGAGUUUAAGGAGAAACUGAUGUCAAUGAUGAAAAGUUUGAUUAUUUCCCUUAAAGGUACCACAGGUACUAAGUUAAGAAUUCCUUUUUCCCACUGA